AUGUCUAAUUCAAAUAGAGAAGUGAAGUUGGAGUUCAUGACGACCGGAACCGUCCGCAUCCGUCCCUCCAUGCGGUCACAGCCAGCCAGCAAAUUCGGCAUUACUCGACGUAUCCGAUCACUCCUCGACAGAGAAUGGACAGAGCCUCUUCCAGUGGGAGCUUUUCUUAUUCGACACCCCGAGGGUCUAUUUCUCAUGGAUACUGGACAAUCACCCUGCUGCAACGACACAGGCUACUACCCAAGACUUGCCUUUUUCAAUGGAUUCUUAAGUCAAUUCGCCAUCGAGCAUCAAGAUGGAGUCCUUGAGCAGCUCCAUCAACGCGGUAUCAAGGCCACAGACCUCAAAGCUGUUAUCUUGAGUCACCUCCACAAUGACCACGCGGGUGGUUUGGAAGAUCUCAUUGCGGAAGCACCAGAUCUACCCAUCUAUGUUAGCCGCGAACAUUGGAAAGCUUUUGGAGAACAUCCUCUAUUCGCGAGUAUGGAAGGCGCCACUCCGAAUCAUUGGCCUGAAGACUUUUCACCCAAGGUCUUUGACCUUCAGGACAAACCCCUGGGACCCUGGAAGCAAUCUUACCCUGUGACAGAAGAUAGGAGGAUUCAAAUUGUGGAUACAUCAGGUCAUGUUCCCGGCCAUGUCAGUCUGGUGGUGUAUGGUGACGAUGGACCGGGAGGGAGCGAGGUCACAUACUUUCUCCCUGGAGAUGCAACCUAUGGAUUGGAUCUUCUGGAUAAGGAGCAGCCUGAUGGAAUCAAUGAUGACCCAUUGCGUGCGCUUGAGACCUUGAAGACUAUCAAGGAGUUCUCUAAACAGACUGAUGUGGUGAUUUUGCCUAGCCAUGAUGUUAACACCCCUCGUUUGCUGGCUGAACAGGUGGUUUAUCGAGCAGGUGACGCACAUGACAGGCAGUGA